AAGGCAAUCGUGCAGCUAUCAAUUCUCGACCUUGCCCAAAUGGCUCCACUUGUGCCUCCAGUUCCUUGGCCUGCAUAACAAAUGGCGGAGUGUAAGCGCCGACGGAGGUUGAUACCAUCACAAAGAUGAUCUAUUGGCUCCUGGGAUAAGAGAAAACCCACUUGCAUGGCCAGGUCGGCACAUCACUCGAUUUACACCAAUCGAAAGCACGUUAGAGAUGGUGUAGAUACCAAAUUUGGAUCCCGGGAUAUCUCGCUUUGAAGGUUCAGGUUCACACUGCAGUUCACAGACCACCAUUAAUCCUUGUCCCAGCUCGCAGGUUGAUCAAAAACAAAGAUCUUUAGGGAGGCCGGAACCCCUCCAAGUCACAACCACACGACGAGCCUCAGCAUCUGUUUCAUCGCUUGUUGAACUAUUCUGCCAUCACCUCUGGCACACGAUGGCUCGAUGAGUUUGGGCAUAGUCGUCGACUUGGCAGAGAGUGGAAUUAUUGUCAAGGACACAGCGAGGUGUGAGAAAUCGCGAAGCAAGGCGCUCAGUGCUAUUUUUAGACACGAUAAUGGCCAGUCUGAGAGAUCAAGCAGCUCGUCGUAGACUGGACUUGAGUCCUAUCACGACGUCUCUGGCUGUUCAACAACAAUACCCUACACAGACGCCGAUAUCAGCCAUCUCCUCGAGUUCGCUAAGUGCUCCAUUUGGAUAUCAUCCGGCCGCAUACACGCCUGUGAGCACCGUUAGGCAGUACAAUCCACAGCAAUGGACUCCUUCACCCAGUAUCACUCAUGACAAUACCAAUCACUUUCAAGCUCGAGCAGAUGGGGAAGGUAAAGCUUUAAAUUUUUAUACGGAAUCGUGGCCAUCGCCAAGUGGUUUUGUGAGAUGGGACUAAUUGUGAUCCUAGUGGUUCCUGCCCCUCCACCUUACUCACCUCCUCGAAGUCAGCCUACGUCACAACGCACAUCUACGAUAUUAAGUGAAGAACCUUUGUCUGCUUUAUCUCCAGCAACUCGAGCUUCACCUUCCAACAUAUACAGGAAUUCACCUGAAUCUGGCUCUUCGCAUGCUUUUCCUCCACCGCCUCCCUCUCGGAACCGAGCAGGAUCAAGCGAAAGACCACCCAGCUUGUUUGGAAUAUCUGCAUUCACUAGGCGUCCCGCUGCCCCAGAAGCACCAAGACCGUCACCGGAAAAUGUAAGUUUUAGUUUUGCCGGACACAGGCCUUCACCAGAUAUCAGUUCUUCCUCGCGGUUUACAGAUCAUCGGCCGAUUCCAACAGUUACUGAGCCGGUACAACAUGAAGAGCUAGCAUCACCGCAAGCCAAUCCACAAGCACCGCCGUCAUCACGUAGGGCAGCUUCUGCAGGAGCUGUAAGUACACCAUCAACUUCUCGAUCUCGUGGUUCAUCCUCAUCGAGAUGGGCACCUGGGAUGCCACUACCGCCACCUCCCCCAGGCCCACCUCCACCUUCACAAUCUAGAUCUCAAAGUGCUUCUACCUCAGACCGAGUAAUAUCACCACCCACUAGACGACCACCUCAUUUAGGACCAAAUAUGACAAUGUUGGGACCAGUGCCGCCAACUCCAGCAGGAUGGGUAGAUGACGAUACAUCGCUGCGGGGAAGAUCACCAAACCGAGGACUAACGAUUGAUACCUCAAGUAUUGCUUCGAGUACAGUUGCCGAGUCCAAUUCUGGCUCUAGUCCAUCUGGGCUAACCAGAACGCCGCACGUAAGAGGGGAAUCGAAAAGUAUACGUGAGAGAAGGAACGAAAGCAAAGCCAGAAGAACUGUUUCUGCUGAAGAGAAUUCUAAUAACCCAUGGGUUGAAGCUAUCACUCCAUCAGACAUUUCCGUGCCAUCAACCAUUCUCGGGCGUAGGCAAACCAUUAAGAAGUCAACCCCACGAAGCUCUAGAUUUUCUACUGGAGGCGUGACACCAGGUUCGGCGGAUACAACGUAUUUGAGUACACCCGGGACGGGAUCAAGGGGAUCUACACCUCGCCCAUUAGCCUCAGCAAGUCGAAUUGAAUCUCCCACACCUCCCUUUUCUCCCGGACAGGCAAAUACUUCUUUUAAUCAGAAGUCCCCCGCAAUACCCCCUAAGGCUUUACCAACACCUCCACUACAUUCGCGACCACAAAACUCGCCUGCGAAGCCACCAAGAAUACAGACUAGUGGGCAUUCAAUAGCUACUCCUUCGGGAUCAUCAAGGCAAGGGUCUAGACCACCAACUUCAAGACAUUCCUCCAGACCUUCUAGCAUAGAUGAUAUAUCUCAAAUGUCUCCCGCAGAGCAAUUUUCCCAUAGUUCCAUCGAACGUCACAAGGCUUUUGCCAAGAGAGAGGCUGCAGCUGCGAAUGAUACAGAACGAGUUCGGUUAUUCGCUGAGUUCUUUGUUGCCGAAUCUCGUCUAAGAAGAGAGAGAUAUGCCGGUGCGAUUGAUGCUAUGGGGUCUGAAAUCCUCGAGUUGACUCGCGACCUGUUUCGGCCGUACCAAAAUACCCCGAGAGACUCAAGUGUUGUUUCCCGAUCAAGGGAAUGGACUCCUGAAUCUUCUACAGGGCCUAUGUCACCGCCCGCAAGAUCUCAUCGUGGUUCAUUAGUGUCUGCUUUACACGAUAAUCCACAGGCUCAGAGCUCGAAUACACCCGAUUCUACAAAUUCUUCACCUGCUGGAAGACCUGACUCACAGUGGUGGAACGGGUAUAUGCCAUCCCUAUCACCGAUUCCUAGCAUGAGUGUUAGCGAGGCAUUGGAUGGAUCUGAUUCUAGAGGCCGACCUUCGUCUAGAUGGUGGGAAGUGAGCCAAGAGGGCUCAACUGGUGCCCCAUCCAUGAAUCUCGGACGAUCGAAAAGAGAGUCUAAAUACAUGGGAAUGCCACGAGAACUUAGGGAAGCUUUACAGAAUGGAGAUCCAUCACUUCUCGAUAAUGGUGAAGGAACGUCGGGUCCAAGUGGUGACAGGAAGGAUUACGCAGCAAACGAAUUCCCUGCUGAAAAGGUUGGCUGGCAUGAAUCAGACCCAAUGUCCUCUCAACCCACCAUGCAACAAGCGAGAGCCCCAUCUCGCUCCCCAGCAGCAGCAACUUUCUCCCCCGCAAUCUUAACACCAAACCCCAACCAUCUCGACGUCUCCCGCCUCGUAACACUACCCCCUCCCUAUCCCCGUCAUCACCCAGCAGUAAACAAUAACCACCCUGAUCUAACCUCCAUACGCACCACGGUCCGCACUUUAAGUGAUUUCACUGAAGUCGAAGCCACCAAAACCCGCUUCCUACAGUCCUCCGCCCAAAUUCGUGUCGACAAUGCAGCAGCCACCUCGAAAAGGCGCAACUCACUUCGUUCUAAUAUCCAACGAGAAAUAGCCUCCGGGACAAUGUCUUAUGCCGAUGCCGCAUCGCUCGAACAAACAGCCGCUCAAACUGAACAAGACCUUCAAAAGGAAGCCGCAAAAGCGGAAUUCGAACUCUUCCAAUCACAAGUCGUGAUGCCUCUCAAUGACCUACUUAUGGAUCGCGUAGUGCGUGCAACAGAACUCUUUGAAAAACUAAGAUCAAAACUCUUCGUCGACGCACAAGAACAAAGCCCUAAUUAUCCUCAAGAAGAAGGCGACGAACAACCUGAACUUCUGGAGAAACUCACACUUCUAAAGUGGAUUUUUGAAGCCCGAGAAGGGCUACAGAAAGAACUCUUUGAUUUACUUAGUGAUAGAAAUGAUCGUUAUCGAGAUAUGGUGAUCACACCCUAUCGCUUAUCCGGCAACACGGCGAAAGUCACACACGCGGAAGAAUUCUUCUCAUCCGACGCUUUGAAGCGGAAACUUGAGUUUCAAGAACAGGUUCUGAAGAGGAGUGAGGAUUUUAUGGAUGUCAUUGAGGAGAACGUGGUGAGAGGUGUCGAGGUCCAGUUAUCUGCUUUUUGGGAUAUCGCUCCGAAUCUGGCCCGUAUAUGCGACCGUAUUCCAGAGAAUGAGGCGUCGUUGAAGGAUUUUCAUAUCCAGAUCCCACCUCAGGAGUACGAGGAGAACUUGUCGUAUUACGAUUUCCCCCUGUUGUAUCUCUACAGCUUACUCGGGCAUUGCGAAAAGUCGACGUAUCAGUUCAUCGAGAGCCAGACGAAUCUACUCUGUUUGUUGCAUGAGGUCAAGAGCGGAGUAGCGGGUGCUAAUUGUCGCCUGAUGAAAGAGCAGAGAGUUGUUCAGGGGGAAGAUCAAACUAAAGUGGAAGAGGAGUUGCGAGAGGUGGAGAGAGAAGAGGAGGUACGUCUGACGGAUGAUCUGAAGGAGAAAGUCAGAUGUGUAGAGGAGCUUUGGGGUAGUGCGUUAGGGGAUCAGGUUAAAGGUGUCAAGGGCAGAAUCAAGGGGUUCUUGAUCAGAGAGGGAGGGUGGGAGGAAGAUCUUGAAUAGGAUUUUUUUGAAGGUUAUGAUGUGAUGAGGCUAUGAGUUGGUGAGUAGAUACCAGGAAAGAUUUGCGUAAGAGGAUUUCCCUCUCUUUUUUUGGAUCAGUUGGUUGAAUUGUUUCUUUUUAUAUAUAGUUUUCUUGAGGUUAUUGAUGUUCGUUAAAAGGUGUAUUUAGUUAUAGCUCACACGAGCGAUGCUGCGAAGGGGA